UUUUGAAUGAAACGCAAAGAAACAAAACAAACAGAUUUGUUCUCUCCGUUGGUGGUGGUGGUUAUGAAAUAGAAACAUGAGAGCAAGAAUCAAAAUGUCUGUCUUUUACAUCCUGCAGAAACAAAAAAGGUAGAUAAUCUUCUAUAGCCUAAAUGUGUAAUUAAGAGCAACACCAAAAGCUGAUUAUCAAUGGCUGAGGAGACAGUACGUUGUUUGCCUGAUUCACCGGAUGUAAACAGAUCAUGGAGAAGGAUUUCCACUAGAAAGCUGAGUUUCUUAUACACCGAAGAGACGCUUCUCCCUAACUACCUCAGGUCUCCCACCGGUUCUUGUCACGAUGCAUGCAAGUACGGUGGAAGACAAGAAGACAAGAAGCCUAGAAGAGUCUUCUCACCUCUCAAAAGGGUCAACAGAAGCUUCUCUGGAACUCUAAGCUUUGUUGAUUCACCUCUGAGGAAGAAGAAGAAGAAGGCAUUAUUAACCAAUUCUUUUGGUUCUGAUGGUGGAUGUGAGGUGAGCAGAGUUUGUGAUGUUAAGAAGAAGGCUGUUGUGUCGUCUUUGUCAGAUUCUAAGAGGAAGAAGACGGGUUCACAGUCACACUCUUUCAAAAAAACGGUUGUUGUGUCAAGGAGAAGAGCGUUGGAGAUGGUUGAGCAUGACAAGCGUGUCACCGCUUUGAAGCUGAAGUCUGUUGCUCAGACGGCGGCUAUGGCUCUUAGACGCAGUACCGUGAAUAGGAAGAAGAUUAUUAGUGGAGGAACCGAAGCUUCGGAACCAAAGAAAGUAGCUGCGCCUUUGAGAGUUGCUGCAGUGUCUUCGAAACGGUGUUCUCGAAGCUUGAAGAAGACAAAGAAGGAGGGGAAUAGCUUGAGUAGUAAGCAAACUCGGAAGAUGGUGGAUGAUGAUGAUGACAAGUGUAAAGACUUGGUUGAGGAGAAGACUAUGUAUGUUAUUAAGAUGAACACAGGGUAUGAGACUUUUGCUUCUGAUCAGAACCAAAGGUGUGUCAUGGAUCCGCCUACUGAUGAUCCAAAGAGUGAAGAGUGUCUACAUGAAUCUCCUCAAGAAGAGGUAGAUGAAGCUAAUGAUGAAUCUCCUCAAGCUAUUGAGAAUGAGAAGACAACAAGGCAAGUAAAAAUCAAACCCCUGUCAACAGAAUCCCCUUUAAAUGACAAGUCCAUGAGACUGAUGAGAUUUAAAAGAGGAAAGGUCUUGGGCGUUGUUGGAUCACAAGACAACAACAGUCCAAGAAAACUCAAGUUCAAGAGAGGAAAAAUCGUCGCCGCCGGAGCAGACACAUCAUCCACAAAAGCCUCAAGUCAGAGAAGUUUAAAGACCAAAGAAACAAACUUCAGAGACGACAAGGAAGAAGAGCAACACAAACCCAAACCUAAACCAUUGGAAGUUGUUUUGAAACACCAAGAAGACACAGAGAAGAAGAAGAGUUGUGAUUCAAGAGCGUUGUUGUUCAACAAUGUGAUAGAGGAAACAGCUAACAAGCUCGUGGAGACUCGCAAGAGCAAAGUUAAGGCCUUAGUGGGUGCUUUUGAGUCUGUCAUAUCUCUCCAAGAAAGAAACUCUUCUCCAGCAACAACAACAACGUAA